AUGCAAAGCGAGCGGCAGAGCGGCCGGCUUCCCCUGGCACGCGUGGCACAGCCGCGAGCACCCUCGACCAUGGCGGAGCCUUCGCUGCCCCUCUCCUUCCUCUGCCUCCUCGCCUUGUCCUCCGCCUGCUACAUCCAGAACUGUCCCCGGGGCGGCAAGCGGGCCCUGGCCGACACAGCCCUCCGACAGUGCAUGCCCUGCGGCCCCGGGAACAGAGGCAACUGCUUCGGCCCCGGCAUCUGCUGCGGCGCCGAGCUGGGCUGUUACCUGGGCACGGCAGAGACGCAGCGUUGCGCCGAGGAAGACUACCUGCCUUCACCCUGCCAGGCCGGCGGGCAGCCCUGCGGCUCCGGCGGCCGCUGCGCCGCACCCGGCAUCUGCUGCACCGCCGAAACCUGUGCAAUGGACGCCGGCUGCCUGGACGAGGGCAGCGACGGGGCUCAGGAGACGGCGGAAAAGAACCUGACGGUGCUGGACGGCUCAGCUGGAGAUCUGCUCCUCAAGCUCAUGCACUUGGCGAACCGACAGCAGCAGGGCAAGCAUCCCCUCCUCUGAGCCAAGGCGCCGGGCGUCCCCCCCCCCCCCCAUCACCGAUCCCCCCACCCCAGCCUUGUAAAUACGAGACCCAAUAAAAGUCCUCGUGCACUGUGA